CUCUCUCUCUCUCUCUCUCUCUCUCUCUCACACACACACACACAAGAGAUAGUCUCUCUCUUUCUCUCUUACACACACAAGACAGUAUCUAAUACAAAGCUUGACCAUUAAGUGGGCAAAGGCUUGUAAGUUUAGACCACAACUUCCAAGAUUCUGAAAUGGCUGUCUGGAUUCCAUUUUAUCUUUGUGUUCUUCUUCUAUCAUCAAUUAGCACAAAUGCAAAUUUAGAAGGGGAUGCUCUGUAUGCAUUGAGGAGAGCUGUGAAUGACCCACAAAAUGUCUUGCAGAGCUGGGAUCCGACUUUGGUGGAUCCAUGUACUUGGUUUCAUGUUACUUGCGACUCCGACAACCGGGUCACCCGACUUGACCUUGGAAAUGCAAAGCUGUCGGGCAAUCUUGUCCCUGAGUUAGGAAAGCUUGAGCGUCUUCAAUAUCUGGAACUCUACAUGAACAACUUAGUGGGCCCAGUACCACAUGAACUUGGAGGACUAAAGAGCCUUGUUAGCUUGGACCUCUACCGCAAUAACCUCACUGGCUCCAUCCCUCCAUCACUGUCCAACCUCUCCAAUCUCAGAUUUCUGCGACUGAACGGUAACAGACUGACGGGAAGAAUACCAAGAGGGCUUAGCAAGCUUGGAAACCUCAAGAUUUUAGAUGUGUCACACAACGAUUUAUGUGGAACCAUUCCAACAAUUGGCUCAUUCUCAAAGUUCACGGAAGAAAGUUUUAUGAAUAACCCAAGACUGGAAGGACCAGAGCUCAUGGGAUUUGUGAGAUAUGACAUAGGACAAUGCAGCUGAGGCUGCAACAAAGGGUCAUAAGUUUAGCAAUGAUAAUAUGUUGUUGAGUUGUUCCCUUAAAUGUGAAGGCUCUUAUUUCUUUUCUCACUUAUAUUAUAUGAUAUAUAUAUAUAUAAGCUAGGCCUCCAAGUUUUUGUGUAACGAGAUUGUUAUCUCCAUGUUACAUUUUGUUGUAAUAUAUUUAUAUAUUAUGUUAAUGGAGGUGUGGAGGCUGCAACAAAGGGUCAUAAGUUUAGCAGUGAUAAUAUGUUGUUGAGUUGUUCCCUUAAAUGUGAAGGCUCUUAUUUCUUUUCU